AUGGCUACUAGCUCGUCGGUUCAGCAACUCCGCAUACGCUAUGCCACAGCUCUGAAAGCCUUCAUAGCGUCGUCCAAAACAUUCGAGAUUCUAGACACCGUUCCGCCCCAAUUGGCAGGACGGCCGCGAGACAAUUCCCGCUCCCUAUUCAUUCUAGACUCCUCCUAUAAUCCUCCAACAUCCGCCCACCUGAAGAUCGCAACCUCCGCGCUCGAAGAGUCUAACCGCCCGUCGAGACUGCUGCUCCUACUAGCUACGCAGAAUGCCGACAAGCCCUCCAAGCCGGCCUUGUACGAGGACCGCCUCGUGAUGAUGACUCUGCUCGCGCAAGACCUACGUACUCAUCUCCAGUCGCUAUCAUCAGCACCGCUCAGCGAUUUGCCAGAGAUCGACAUUGGCGUUACUAAGAAACCCUAUUUUGUCGAUAAGGCAGCCGCCAUAGAGCAAUCCGGUGAAUACCCCCAUGGUCUAGAGCAGGUUCAUCUGACAGGCUACGACACUCUGAUACGCAUCUUCAACCCCAAAUACUACCCGCCUACUCACACCCUUCAGCCCCUAGAGCCUUUCCUUUCGCGACAUCGACUAAGAGUGACAAUGCGACCAGACGAUGAAUGGGGAAACCGUGAAGAGCAAGAAGACUACCUGCGGAAUCUCGCCCAGGGUGGUCGAGAGCAAGAUGGUGCGAAGCGCGAGUGGGUAGAUCGCAUUCAGCUCGUUGAAGGGAGAAAAGCCGGUGAGACGCCAGUCAGCUCGACGAGGGCGAGACAAGCCGCGCAAAGCAACGAUGGUCUUCUCAGCUCCUUAGUGCCAGAAAGUGUCCGUACUUAUGUUGUUUCGCAACAUUUGUAUCAGGAGGAAUGA